AUGACGCACAUACUGAAAACCUUAAACAGCUGGUUUUGGUGGGAGAACAUCUGGAUGCCAGUGAACUGUUCGUGGGCAAACUUUGAAGACCGCGAGGGACUGGUCUUCCCCAGACCGCAACAUUUAUAUGCCACGAUCCCCUUUGCCUUUGUGAUGUUGGUUCUCAGGUUCUUUCUUGAAAGGUGUUUCGCUGCUCCUCUGGCAAGCGCUCUGGGCAUCAAGGAAGUGAAGCGAGCCAAGCCCCAGCCCAACCCCACGCUGGAGGAAUAUUUCAAGGAGUGCACCAAAAAGCCAUCGCAGGCAGAGAUACGUAGGUUAGCCAAGAAGUGUAAUUGGACUGUGCACUUGGUGGAAAAGUGGUUUAGACGGCGGCGAAAUCUAGAGAUUCCAACGGUGCUUAGGAAAUUCCAAGAAGCUUGCUGGCGAUUUACAUUUUAUUUCUUGUCAACUGUUGGUGGAUUUGCAGUUCUCUAUGACAAACCCUGGUUUCAAGACAUUUGGAACGUUUGGGUCGACUACCCAUUUCACAACUUGCUUCCAUCCCAGUACUGGUACUACGUGGCUGAGAUGAGUUUCUAUUGGUCACUACUGUUCACCCUGGGAGUGGACACGAAAAGGAAGGACUUCAAAGCCCAUUUUGUUCACCACUUGGCGGCGCUCUGCCUGAUGUUUUGCUCCUACUGUGCCAAUUACACCCGCCUGGGUACGCUGGUGAUGGUUGUCCACGACUGUGCAGACUUCUGGCUUGAGGCUGCAAAGAUAUUCAACUACGCUCACUGGGAGAAGACCUGCAGCGUCCUCUUUGUCAUCUUCGCUUUCAUAUUCUUCGUCUCAAGACUCAUUAUCUUCCCCUUCUGGAUCAUUCGUGCCACGGUGUAUUAUCCUGUGUUUUAUACAACAACGGUCGUCAUAGCAUAUUUCUUUUUCAACGGGCAGCUGUUGAUCCUGCAAGGCCUGCAUGUCUACUGGAGCUACUUAAUUUUCAAAAUUCUGAGGAAAUUCCUUUUUAUAAAGAAAGUGAAAGACGACCGGAGCGACGAGGAAGAGGAAGAUUCCCUCAGCGAGACGGAAGAGCAGUCCAUCAAAAAUGGCGACAAGAACGGCUGUGAGGCCAGCCACCCUCUCCUGAACAACAACAAUUAUUAG